GUCAAAUGUAUCUCUCCCCUCGUCGGUUGGACCCCUCUCCUGUUCGCAUCGUGUUUGGUGAUUCCUCUGCCACUGACACAGAUGAUGAAGCAAUCCAGGAGCCCACCCUCAUUUCCUUCGAUAACAGCGGUGACGGCCCGCUUCGGGUGCCCGGAUUCAAUGGCAUCUCAUUGAAAUGUGUGCUCCCGCCCGACGCGCGCUUUGCCCACGGCAUCGAAGAGUGGCGCCAGGCGCCCGCCGUCACUGCACGCGAGCUGGCAAUGACAGCGGUAAUGAACCGUCUGACCGACCGCCCGAACUGGCAUGUCGAUGUCUUCGAUGAUGUGGUCGUGGCGCGCUGGCGGCAAGACAACACCGCCUCCAUCGCGAUGAAUCCCCUCCUGAGUGACCGCGCCUGGGACUGGUGCGUGAGGGAACUACGCGAUAAGGCGACUGAAUAUCGGCAAAAUGGACACAUUCGUGUGCUGGACACUGGGUCCUGUGUUUGCAAGUCAGAUCAUGUUCCUGCGCUUCGAACGGGAGACCUGGCCGGGGAGUUCCGACAGGCAGUGAAACCGGUGGUCUGGUCCCUCAUGCAAUCCGAGUUGUUCGAUCAGGGGUCAUGGUGUGAUUCAAGUAUCAUUGACUCGAACAUGUUUCCGCUGGUCUAUGGGCGGAGCUUGGUCUUGAAUGAUGGGGGUCGAAUAGAGGUAGAGAAUAUUCUGGGCGCGUAUCAAAGUGCGACGACCCUUGCGCCCACUCAUGUCGACAGAAGAAAAGAUUCGGCGUACGUCCAGAGGCAAAUAGAGGAGGGCCAAGGGCUGCACAUGGGGGUGCGUGCCGACUAUAGAAGAGCGCCCCACUAUCGAUGGAGCACGAAUUAUCAAACUCUGCCGUCUGAAGUGGAGUUUGUAGGGGAUACAGGAUCAACGCAGGUGCGCCUCACCUCAUACAUCAACAAUCUGCACCCGGAACACCGGGACCUCUACCGUGCAAUCGAAGUGCUGGUGAGCCGGGCGAUCCCGUUGUGGAACGACUGUCUAGUGCGGGGACAACGCGGCUGGAAAGAUGUCAUGAAUCACGGCCAGUUGGGGCCGGUGCCGCUACGGAUUAUCACUUAUGGGAUAGAAUGGGAGAAUGAGCUUCCUGAAUGGCUGCUCGCGUUCAGAGUCCCCGAGGAGUGGAGGAUAGAGGAGUACUACGAAGCUCGCGAAAAGCUCUUGAAACGUGCCAAACGUAAGAGGGACCAGUAUCCAGACUGGGAUCGAUAUGUGGACGAAUGGCUGCGAAGAUAUUCGGACAUAGUAGCAGAUGAAGACAAGGAGCUGCCUCCCCCAGAGUCCCACCUCUGGCAACGCGCGAAGGAGUAUCUCGAGCUCCCUGAGGAUGGAUCGACCACGCCCGUUCCUGUUCCGGACGACUGGCAGCAGUACCCCUGGGUUUAUAUCAAAAGCAAGGCCGAGCGACUGAUGCGAUUUAGCCACCCGGAGCCAGGAACGGCAUUCUCUUAUGAAAAUUGGAAGAAGGGGCGACACAAUGACCGAGUUGUGGUUGAUCUAAACCGCAAGCGGGAUGACUGGCAUCGGCAUAUACCCUAUCAUCGUAUACCCUACAAACCAGUCACGCCUCCCCACAAACGAUAUACCAUUCGGCUUCAAGACACCUUCCGCUCGCAAGGAUUGCAAGUCAUUGUGAACACGGAGGAAAUCGAGCUUACCCCUAAGAGUCCGGACUACGAAGGAACGGACUGGCACAUGGAGGGCCAACUCAACGAACACAUUGUAGCUGUUGCCAUCUUUGCAUACGAUACCGACAAUAUCACUGAGCCCCAGAUCGCCUUCCGCCAAAACACCAAGCUUGAUAAACGCUUCUACCAUUAUAGGGUGUGGGCAGAAAAAGGGCAAAGGUGGGAUUAUCGGUGGCCGCCGCGGCACAAAUAUGGGAAAGUUGGCUACUCCGAAUUGGGAGAAUUAGCGCAAAUCCUGGGAUACUCGGAGGACGAUCUUAUCAAAGAGUCAGACAGACAAUGGCAGGAUAAAGGUGCAAUUUCGGUCACGCAAGGGCGUUUGAUCACAUUUCCCAACGUCCUAGAGCACCGUGCCGAGCCCUUCUCCCUCGCUGAUCGGAGCCGCCGGGGUCAUUGCCGAUACAUCAAGUUGUAUCUGGUUGACCCUCACUAUCGCAUCUGCUCCACUCGCAAUGUACCACCCCAGCAGCAUCACUGGUGGGCACAGGGCGUAGGUGAGGAACUGGGCGCUGCCGGAAUACCCCAAGAGAUAAUUGAUCAGAUUAUAGAAAAUACUGGCAACUGGCCUAUGGGGGUGCCGGAAGCACGACAACACCGCCAGGAUUUCUUGAAAGAGCACAACUGGAAUAACCUCGUUUGGAGGGAAAGAAUAAAUUAUGCGUACUUCAAUCAUCAUUGAGGAUUAGAACGGAGGCAGUGGUAGAAGGUCUGUCCGGCGUCGGAGGGAGAGAUCUAUCUACAGUGACGAAUCCCUCAACUGGUAGCAGCCAUUUUCUAUAUAUAGGUAGUAAUGAACUCAAAUCCUCUAAGACGGUC